AUGUAUCUUGUUGAGAUGCAUUCCAAGGCAGCUACGAAGGAUUCAAGAACAAAUGAUUGUUCUACUACAUCCCCUAGAUGCCUUACCUUCGUUGGGUCUUGCAUAUUUUGGCACCCAUCUUCGGCAAUCACUUUGAUGGCAUGUGCAAUCCGUGCUGGUAUAAUCCAACAGGGUUCAGCCGAGCAACAAAUCUUCAUUGGAGGGAAGGUCAAAUGUGCACAGAGAAGAAAGCCCCGAGGUGUGCCGGAAGAAAGGUCGUUGGGACACUUUUCAAAAGAACGCCUGACAGCGUUGGAGGCGCCUUGUCCCCUUCCCACACACGGUGUGUCUGGUGACUAUUGGGCUCCUUUUUCCUUAUUGAGAAUGUUGUUGGUUCCGCAAGCUGCUAUAGACAUAAUUCUUGAAGAGUCGUUCGGACACUUUUCAAAAGAACGCUUCACAACGUCGGAAACGCCUUGUUCAACUCCCACGCGAUGUGUCUGGUGA